AUGAGUUGUCCUCAUCAGAAGAGGAACAUGAAGCUCCACCUUGUGAUGGAGAUCUUCUCAUGCUCUAGAAUGGUUGAAAAGCUAGGCUUAACUCCUACUCCUCAUCCUAACCCUUACAAACUUCAAUGCAUAAAAGAGGAUGAAGGAAUAGUUGUUAAGGAACAAGUAAGUGUUCCCAUUUCCAUAGGCAAGUAUGAAGAUCAAAUCAUUUGUGAUAUUGUUCCAAUGGAAGCGGGUCACAUCUUACUUGGACUCCCUUGGCAAUUUGACAAACAAGCUUUGCAUGAUGGAGUCACCAACAAGAUAACCAUUCAACAUAAAGGCAAAAAGAUUAUCUUGAGCCCUCUUACACCAUCACAAGUACGAGAGGAUCACCUAAUACUUAAGAAGAAGUUGGAUGGUAAGAAAAAGCUCCACUCUAACAAAGUUUCCAAAGAGAAGAAGUUGAGUUUGGUCAAAUGUUCCUCAACCAAUGAAGUUGUCCCACCACAUUCUUCUAAAAAAUUUUUCCUUGGACAACCUCACUUUCUUCUCUAUUGUAAGGAGACACUUCUUUCCAUAAAUCAUCCACUUGAUUCUCAUCCAAAGGGGUUACAAAAGCUUUUGAAAGAAUUUGAUGAUUUAUUUCCUAAAGAGGUUCCAAGUGGAUUACCACCUCUUAGAGGAACUGAACAUCAAAUUGAUUUGAUUCCUGGCACCAGCCUUCCCAAUAGGCCAGCUUAUAGGACUAACACCACAGAAACCAAAGAGAUAGAGAAGCAAAUUGCACGGUGA